CCGCCCCUCAACUGGUAGCAAGUUUCUGCUGUAUCGCCUCCAAAUAGGACACUCUGGACAGUUUUACACAUCAAAUUUCCUGACUGAACUCCCCUUACCCCACCAUGGCCUCCUCCUCAUCAGUUGGAGAUAAUCAACUGCAGAGGAUAAUCAGAGAUCUGCAUGAUGCAGUGUUUGAGUUGAGUAAAGAACACAACGAGUGUGGUGAACCCGUAACCGAUGACAGCGCCAACCUGCACAAGUUCUUCUAUAAACUAGAAUACUUGCUACAGUUUGACCAGAAAGAGAAGACAACCUUUCUUGGUCAGAGGAAAGACUACUGGGAUUAUUUCUGCGACUGCCUGAUUAAGAUCAAGGGAGCUAAUGAUGGCAUCCGUUUUGUUAAAUCCAUCGCUGAGUUGAAGACCUCACUGGGGAGAGGAAGGGCCUUCAUCCGCUACUCACUCGUUCACCAGCGUCUUGCUGACACACUGCAACAAUGUUUUGUAAACCAGAAGGUCACAAGCGAAUGGUACUAUGCCCGGAGUCCCUUCCUUAAGUCUCAUGUCACUGCGGACAUAAUCAACCAUCUUUAUGAGCUCAACCAGAUACAAUUUGACGUGGCAGCCAGAGGUUACGACCUUGAUGCAGAUUGGCCAAUCUUUGCAAGGCGAACUUUAGGUACCGCCUCACCAGCUUUUGGGUGGAGGCCUCCCAGUCGCUGCUCCAGCAUCAACAGUCUCGUUAGCAGCUACUCACACUCACAGGUGCAGGAGUUUGUCCCAAUCUCAGACCUGAGUCACAGUCUCCUUGGUGAACUGGAGGAACUGGGGGAACCCUCUCCUUGCAGUAUUGCAGAGAACCUGCGCAUUGAGCUCGACCAGUCCGAGCUGAAACAGCAGGAGCUUCUGGUACAAGUUCAGGAGUUAGGGAAAGAGGCUUCUGAGCUGAAAGGUGUGGUUAAGGACCUUGAAGGCCAGCUAUCAGCAGCUCAGAAGUCCUCUGCAUCUACAGCAGCCCAAAGUAACCAAUUAACGGAUGAUCAGGAGAGAGCAAAUCACCUUCAAACCAGUCGAGAAGCAUUGAUCAGUGAACUUAAAGACAGACUCGCAGCUGCUGAGAACAAAAAUAUGGAGCUUUUCUCUAAGUUGGACGAGACUCUUAAAGAAAAGGGACAACAAACCUCUAGCUACUGUGACUCAGCCUGGAAAAUCCAGGAACUCCUUGAUAAACUCAAGGCAGUGGAGGAGGAAAGAGUGGAGAUGAGGAGGGAGGCUGAGGACAGGGCCAGGCACUCUGAGUGUCUUUCCCGGGAACUAAAACUCAGGGAAGAAGAGUUGAGGAACAGUGAGGCACAGCUGGCUGAAGUAAGAUCCGGAGCCCAUGACGAACGUGAGGCGGCGCUCACCCGGUUGGAGGAGCUCCAAAGUGCAGUUGGUCGAAUUCAGGGGGCGCUGAGUUUGAAAGAGAAAGAGACAGGGAACUUGAGAGCCCAGCUUCAGGAUCUACAAGCAUCACUGGAGUGCAGAGAACGAAAGGCGGAGGACCUGAGGAAAAGACUGCACGAGGAGAGGGACGAGAUCGAGCGGAGAUGUAGCAGGAGUCGUAGCCAGAAGCAGGAACUUGAGAGCCAGCUCCUGGAUGUAAGAACAGUUCUAAAACACAGAGUGAAAGAGCUCACCUGUAGUUCAGAGAAAAUCAAGCAUUUUGAAGAGCAGUUGGAGAAGCUAAAUGUUGAGAAACAAAGCCUGAGCGCUCGACUUGCUGAUAAGGAAGUUGCUUCCUCUGAGAUCCAUGAGGAGUACAAAACCAAAUGCAGCAAUCUUGUGGAAAUAGUUAAGAAGAGCGAGGGGAGCAUUACAGAGCUGACUGAGAGCAGGACCGCCUUGUUAGACCAGCUAGCUUCUUUCAGGGCUUCUGAGAAGCACUUAAAGGGCCGAGUUGAGGCUGCAAAGAUGUGCGUGGACGAUAGGGAGAAGAAGCUUCUCGAUGAAAACCUGCAUUUGGAAGAGAUUUCCCAGAAGGCGCUCGUCCAAAAGGAAGUAUGUGAUGCUCAAAUAAAGAAGCUAGAGCAUGAGAACAAGGAGCUUCUUGAGGUCCACUCCUCGGUGAAGAAACGGUUGGCCACAACUCAACAGGAACUGGACUCACUUACUGCCAAAGCUGCACAGUUGGACAAGAGCCUCCUUGUGUCCCAAAGAAGCCAAGCAGAGUUGCUUGAAAAACUCCAGGAAACUGAGACUCAACUGAGAGACCAGACUGUUGAAUGUGGGCAUCUGCAAGCCAGAGCAGAGGAGCUGGAGAGCAGGACUGUGGAGCUUCAUGCUGAAAAAGGAGCUGCAGAAAGCAAUGAAAAAAUGCAGAAACUUCAUGAUGAACAUCAGAAAUCCUCAGUGGAAACCAAAGAGGCCCCUUUCAGGCUCGGUAUAGCUGAGGCUCAACUGGAGCUCAACCUAAGGGAGGUGCACCAGCUCCAGGAAGAGGUGGUGAAGCUCAGGGCUCAGCUUCUAGCGGGAACUGAGGAGCGGAUGAAGGUUCAGGCACUUCAGGAGGUGACUGAGUCCUCCAGAGAUGACCUCCGUGUCUUAGCAGAACAACUCAAAGCCCAGGUAGAGGAGCUAAACCGCCGGCAUGUGGAGGAGAUUCUCCGUUCCCGGGAGCGAGAAGAGGCUCUUCUCCGGGAGCGUGAUGGUGAGGCUCAGGCUCGAGCAGGUCUUGCUGCAGAGGUGACGUCCUCCAGAGAGGAGCUCAAUAAACUAAAGAUGCGUUAUGAGGCCCUGUGUCUGGAGAACAGUGAAUCCAGGGAGGCGCUCCAUAGAGCCAACACAGAAACAGCUGAACUCGGUGUGCAUGUGUGCAUGCUGACUGCUGAGAACGAAGAGGCUCGUCUGCGCUGGGAGGGCUUGUCAACAAGGCUGCAAGAGUUGGACAAGGAGGCGGCUCGGGAGGCAGAGAGGCUGAAUACCUACACGGAGCAGCUGAAACGGGAGAACCAACGACUCCUCGAUCAGCUCCAUAGCGAAGACGGGUUGGUGGCAACCGAGCAGGAGCUGCAGGAAAAGCUCAGCAAGACCAAAGAGGAGGCUGAAGCUCUGCUGGAGACGAGCAAAGAGGAGAUGCAGGCAAUCCGAUUCCAGCUCAGCAGCCAAGCCAUGAGUCACAGCAGCCAGCUCCAGACUGUGAAUCAAGAGUUACAGGAUGUGAAAAUAAAGUUGACGACUGAGCGGGAGAAAGUGGUCGAACUGGAGAACAAAUUCAAACAGCUCGAGGCUGAGAAUCAGAGAUAUUGCCAACAGAUUGAGGAGAAAAACAUCCAGAUGGCCGAUUCUGAAAAUCUCAUCCAGCAGAAAGAAGACGAGAUAAUCCAUCUGAAAGGGAAUUUAUCAAGGUCUGAGGAUGGUCUAACAGCGGCUCAGCAGACCUGUCAUGAGAUGAGUGAAAACCUACGGAGAGUCACACAGGACAAACAGAGCGUCGAUCUUAAGACGAGUGCUGAACUCGAUGAUCUUUACCGCACCAAAAUCAAUUUGGAAGAAAGGCUUGUAGAACUUAUCAGGGAGAAAGAUGCAUUAUGGCAGAAGUCCGAUGCCCUGGAGUUUGAGCAGAAACUGCGGGAUGAGGAGACGGAGAGGGACGUCAACUACUGUCUGGGCUGUCACAGUCAGUUCAGCUGGUGGCUCCGCAAGCACAACUGCAGACUGUGUGGGCGUCCCUUCUGCUACUACUGCUGCAGUAACACAGUGAGCACCCAGCAGGGCGGCCACAGAGAGCGCUGCUGCAGCGACUGUUACAACCAGCACAGUGCAGUAAUUGAGCGCCACCCACAGGAGGAAGUGACUCACAGCACACCAGGAUCACCUUUCAGUCGUUUGCUGCAGGCUGGGAGAGCUGUGACGAUUGGUUCAGGAGCAGAUGGAGGUGACAAGCCAAAUGAUGGUGUUUUUGACAUCAUCACAGAGGACGAGGUGAGCGGCGUCUAUGACAGUGAUUCCCUCUCUUUUGCCACCGCCUGCUCUCCUGGACACGGACAGCAGAGGGCAGCACAACUAAACAGCAGUGCAGGAGACCUCACAUCAGAGGAUACUGAGGAAUUCGGUGCUGCAGUCCAGGAUGCAGAGAUCUGCCUGCUAAAGUCUGGGGACCUCACGCUCUCCGUCCUCUUCACAGUGGAUGACAUCUCAGGGUUUGGGGACAGCUCCCGAGAGCUCUUCGUCAAGUCCAGCUGUUACAGCACUAUCCCCAUCUCCAUGAGUAGUCCUGGUCCUACGGUCUCCUGGACGUUUACCUCUGAACCGAAGAGCAUCUACUUCAGUGUGGUCUACAGGGAGAGUACAGAGACUCCCCUGGAGCAGGCCAAGGUCCUGAUCCCGCUGACUCGCUGCAACUCCCACAGAGAGACAAUCCAGGGGGAACUGAAAGUCCGAAACGCUGGAGAAUACACGCUUGUCUUUGACAACUCUUUCUCCAGGUUCAUCUCAAAGAAAGUGCUGUAUCAUCUGAGCCUAGACAAGCCUGUCGUCUACGAUGGAACUGACCUCCUCUGAAGGAGACAGGAAGCAGAAGCAGGUGUGAAGCUGGCUGUUGACAGGCAGGCUGUUUAAGCCCAUGCACAUAGUUUCAAGGCAACUGGGUCAGAGUCCACUGAUGUGCACCGACCUCAAUGCCUUUUAGGAAAAGUAAAACAAUGUUACACUAUUGAAUGUGAGCAUGCACUACCUUUUAUUAAAGCCGGACAUUGUAGCUGAUUAUUUAACAUUAAGGGUUCACAAACCUCCCUUCCGAGAUGAUUUGUGGAUUGUUGCAUAUUUGAAUGUGAAGAACUUGUUUGCCUGUGCACAUCCAGGUUUCUCAGCACCGACAGAUGUCGCUCCUGUGGGCAACAUUUGUCGAAUCAAGUAAAGCUGCAUUUUCAUUCGUCAGCAUGAGGUGCAAUUGCUUGAUACAUCAUUGUUUGUUUCCAUUAUUUGCCUCGUCUCAUAAAGUCAGACUACUGUCUUUUAAAAUGGGACUAAUGUGCUCCCUGCAGUGGCAAAACUACAAAAGAACCAGACUGAAAUAUCUGUUUUUAAUCAUCUAGGGAAUUGAAUCUUAUUGUUUAAUAUGUGACAAAUAAUGUGACAUUGAUUAACAAAUAUAUAUAUAUAAAGAUGCAUUAUUGCCAUGAAUGAUAUCCUGCUUAUUGAUUGCAACAUUAUGGCCUAAUACACCUUGAGUUAUUUAACAGAGAACUACCCAACCUGGUAUUUUCAACAAUGAAAAUAUCACACAUGAAUAAGACAUUGAAAAAGUGAACAAAUUGAACUCUAAACGUAACUGUUCUUUGUACUUGCUUAAAUUCUCCAUCAGCACAUUCGUAAGUAUUUCAUGUCACCAAAUCUUUAAAUCGGGGUCUUGAUAUUGUGUUGUUGCAGAAUUAUUGGUGGAGAAACUGUAACCGGUUUCAAAGUUAAUGCUCAUUCAGUCGGUACGGUGUCUUCAAGAUUGUUGCCUUCUCAGCUGGUGAAAUUGCAAGAAAUGAUGUUUGUUCUUUGUGUUGCGAUCAUGAUGAAGCAGAAUAGGAAGAAGCGGGACUUCUGCGAAAGCUGCAAUAACGCCACAUCGUUCGGCUUUAAUUGUCUUCAGGAAAUGGGCUUUAAUUCAGUGCAGUUUGUAAUGAUUGCAGUUGAAGAUUUCUAUGCAUGCAAACACGAAUGUGCAUAUUUCCCAGAUUUAACCCUCAAGGGGGAACAACAGGAGCACAAAAUGUAGAUGUCAGUGUUUUAAAUAUUUAGUUUUUACUUGAAUCGUUUUGACCAACGGUGAAGAUUUUGUAAUAAACUUAGUGAAGAGAGAA